CCAAUUUCCUCCGCCACACAAAUCCGUUGGAUUCUGAUCAGAAACCCUCCAACCAACUCUGGUUCUUCUCCGAUACUUGGAGAUUUGUUCAAAAUAUUCCUCUAAAUUCUUCAUCUGAAACACACACACAGAGUUAGUGUUUGUGACAUUGAAGUGAUCAAGCAAAGCUUAAUUCAGCCAUGGCCAGCCAUCGUGAUCAAAAUCCAUUCAUUCAUGACGAUGAUAUCAAUCCUUUUGCGAAAUUAAAGAAGAAGAGACAGGAGUUGGAAGCUAAGGAGGCUGAAUUGAACAAGAGGGAAGAGAUUCUUAGACGAAAAGAAGAAACCCUAGCAAAACCUGGUGCUGUCAUUAGACCUAAGAAUUGGCCUUCAUGUUACCCCCUUGUUCAUCACGAUAUUGCUAACGACAUACCACUUCAUCUUCAACGUAUACAAUAUGUUGCAUAUGCAAUAUUAUUAGGAGUGCCAAUUUCGCUCUUUUGGAAUGUUCUUCUAAGUAUAGCAGUUUUUGCGCGUGGAGCAGCCGGAGUCUUUGUGUUCUUCUCCAUUAUCUACUUUUUCUUAGGGCCUAUGGGAGCCUUUUACUUUUGGUAUCGUCCACUUUAUCGUGCUUUUAGGACUAAUAAUGGUACAAGCUUUGGUUGUUUUUUCUUCAACUUCUUUAAUCACAUUGUGUUCUUUAGCUUCGCUGCAAUCGGCCCUCGUAUAAUAUUUGUCGGACUACAAUUCGCAGGGCUCUUGAAUGCAAUGAGCCUAAUAAGCGACUAUCCUGCCCUUGGGAUUAUGAGUUUUAUAGGAUUCGGCUUCUUUGCGAUUGAGGUACUUCUAAGCAUAUGGGUUUUUCGACAAGUCUACAUGCAUUUUCGAGGGAGUGGUGGCAAAGCAACUACAGUAUCAAUCGACCUUUGAGCUAUGGAAAAAUAAUCAAAUACAGUAUUAGUUUUCAACUUUCAGCUAGACCUAGACAUAGUUUUGCAAUGAAAUGAGGUCGUUUUAGUAUUUGGUCAUGGUUUGUUGAUGGUCCAUUGCUAUUUAGAAAACGACAUUGUUUUCUUUUUGUUUUAAAAAACUUAUUUUGUCAAAAUUUUGAAUAAUUAUUCUUUAUUAUUUACAUUUGUGGUUUAUUGGCA